AGGUGAUCAGGAGCAGCUGUGCGGGCUUUCCCUUCAUGAACGUCUCCACACUCAGCCGGAGUUUGACUAAAAACUGUGUCUGAUAGUUUGAGUUUGGAGCUCGUGCACAUCUCGACCCGGCCUGCUCAGACACCAUGGACCCGCUGCUGUAUUUAGCCGGAGCCGUGAUCAUGUUCCUGCUGUGGAUCAGAGUCAAGGGUCUAGAUUACGUGAUCGUGCACCAGAGGUGGAUCUUUGUGUGUCUCUUCCUUCUGCCGCUCUCCGUUAUAUUUGAUGUGUAUUACUAUGUGCGUGCGUGGGUCAUUUUUAAGAUGUGCUCUGCGCCCAAACUGCACGACCAGCGCGUGCGAGACAUCCAGCGACAGGUACGUGAGUGGAGGAAGGACGGCAGUAAGACCUACAUGUGCACGGGUCGACCCGGCUGGCUCACUGUGUCACUCAGAGUGGGGAAAUACAAGAAAACUCACAAGAACAUCAUGAUCAACAUGAUGGACAUCCUGGAGGUGGACACAAAGAGGCAGGUGGUGAGAGUGGAGCCGCUGGCCAACAUGGGUCAGGUGACUGCCCUCCUCACCUCUAUUGGCUGGACACUUCCCGUGCUCCCCGAGCUCGAUGACCUCACUGUGGGUGGUUUGGUGAUGGGUACAGGCAUUGAGUCAUCCUCUCACAUUUACGGGCUGUUUCAGCACAUCUGUGUCGCAUAUGAGCUGGUUCUGGCUGAUGGCAGCUUAGUACGCUGCACUGAGGAGGAGAACUCAGACCUGUUCCACGCCGUCCCGUGGUCCUGUGGAACUCUGGGCUUCCUGGUUGCAGCUGAGAUCAAAAUAGUCCCGGCUAAACCGUGGGUGAAGCUGCGCUAUGAGCCGGUCAGAGGGCUGGAGAACAUCUGCAGACGCUUCACUGAAGCAUCGGAGAACAAGCAGAACACGUUCGUAGAGGGCCUCCAGUACACCCGGGACUCUGCUGUCAUCAUGACGGGAACGAUGACUGACCACGCUGAGCCUGAUAAGAUUAACAGAAUCGGCCUGCACUUCAAACCCUGGUUCUUUAAACACGUGGAGGGCUACCUGAAAAACAACCACACUGGAGUCGAAUAUAUCCCUCUGAGACAGUACUAUCACAGACACACACGCAGCAUCUUCUGGGAGCUUCAGGAUAUUAUUCCCUUCGGCAACAACCCGGUAUUUCGCUGGCUUUUUGGAUGGAUGGUUCCUCCUAAGAUCUCACUGUUGAAGCUCACCCAGGGAGAGACCAUCAGACGGCUCUACGAGCAGCACCAUGUGGUCCAGGACAUGCUGGUGCCCAUGAAGAAUCUGCAGGAUGCCAUCAUGCGCUUCCACCAGGACAUCGAUGUUUACCCUCUGUGGCUGUGUCCCUUCCUGUUGGCACCAGGCAGAGGGAUGGUCCAUCCCAAAGGUCAAGAGGAGGAGCUGUAUGUGGAUAUUGGUGCUUAUGGAGAGCCUAAAGUCAAACACUUUGAAGCUAAAGCAUCAACGCGUCAGCUGGAGAAGUUUGUUAGAGAUGUGCAUGGGUUCCAGAUGCUGUAUGCAGAUGUGUACAUGGACCGGGAAGAGUUUUGGGAGAUGUUUGAUGGACAGCUGUAUCACAGACUGAGAGAGGAGCUAGGCUGUAAGGAUGCCUUCCCAGAGGUUUACGAUAAAAUCUGUAAAUCUGCGCGACACUGACACCCCUCACUGGUGCCUGACCUCAGCCUGGUGUCCCACAUGUCACGUCUGGUGACAGCCUCUGCUUUAGGGAUGUUUUAAUUAAUACAAAAAACAGUUUUACACAAAGAUACAUCUGAAAAUUUUCUGAUGUUGAAUUAAGCUUCACAGAGACAAGCUUUAUGCUAUUUGUGACAGACUGUGUCUUAAGGGGACUUUCCAUCAAUGUGAGGCAAAAGCACAACUAUUGUGCUUUUAAGUCGUGAAUGUAUUCUGUAUUCUGAUUUCAUGUCUUGUGUGAUUCAAAACCUGUGUGUGUUACUUGUACAUGUUGGGAGCAUAUUGCACCCAGUAUUUUGUUUUUACCUUCUUUUUAAUGUGUAUAUUUGGCCCCAUUUUACAACCAUAGUUAUCCAUAUUGUACUGUACACCUCUUAUUAAUAAGUCAGCCUUAUCUACAAGUGCCAUUCACACUUAAAACAUGACUUUCUAAUCUGCUUCAUACACAUAUUUUAAAAUAUAUGCUGUUGUGAUAAAUUUGUGGAAAAAAGAAACCAAACAACAUGUUUUGUAACUUAUAGACGACUAUUUUAAUGUCAGAUUUACAUCAUAUCACCAGGACUGUCUAAGGAUUGAAUGAAUUGAUUAAAAACUGUUUUAUGCAAUAACUUUCAUUCUGAUGCUUGUUUAACUAUAGAUUCUGAAGUUGUUGGGGGGGAAAUACUGUGCAGCACUGUUGUAAUCAGGGUUCACAUCUGUCACAAACAUAGUCAAAGCUGAUUUCAUUGUUGGGAGCAGAUUUGUUUGACUGUACAUGGAUAACAGCUCAGCUCAGAGCUCAGAGUUUGUUUCUUUUGUUUAUCCUUCUGUAUCCUUCAACUUCUUUUUUUAAAUGUAUUGGAACAGCAUUUGGAAGUCAAAUGAAUUUAUUUGCUCUUAACAGUUAUCUCACUUUAUUUGAAUAACUGAGUUGAUGCUUUGAUGGUUUGUCCCUGUGUGAUCUGAAAAUCAUUAACCAUCCUAUCCCCACAUUGUGUACUGAUUUAGACUAUUGUAUGCUCUUAUAAUGUGGAUACAAUCUGGCACCAAU